GGCUGCCAGUUGCAGGCUCCCGCGCAGUGGCAGCUGAGGCGCAGAGCCCCUGGGGGCACCGCUAGAGCCGCACUCGGUGCAGCACGCACGCUCUAGCUCGUGCUGCCCAGCGCAUCUGUGCAGACCUUUCCCGAAGAAGUUGCAAGCCUCGCAAGUGGCCUGUGGAGGCACUAGGCAGGGAAAAGGAGCUGCGGGAGGAGGAACAGAGAUGGGAGGUGGGCAGAAGGCUUGCUUCUUAGAUUAAUCCCAAUUAGCACCAAGUUGGCAGACAACAUCACAAACCCACGAAGACUUUGGUUGUUGCCCAUAUUUCAAAAUAGUCUGAUCCUAAGAAAACUCCAACUCCCCUCGUAGGUCAAAGGGAGACAGACUCUUAGCACCACCGCCUCGCAGUAACACUACGUAAAACAAACCCAGGCGAUUCUCAGCUGCAGAGCUCUACCCAAAGUCCGUAUCUCUCUAUCUCUCCAAGUCGGGGGGGUGGGGGGAGAAGCUGGGUAGGCUCUACAAGGAGUUCCCUGCGGGAGGGGCCAGAUGGCCCGCCGAACGUGGCGACUGAAGCGGAUUAUUGUGGGACUGCAAAAAAACGCAACCCCAUCGGAGGAGUUUUGCCAGGAACACCACCCGCCUGCAUUGCGUCGGACUUGACCAUUGGAAAUCGGAAAUUCCCGGGGAAGGUCGCGGCCAGGGACCGUGCGUGUGCAGGGCUGUGGACCAUAGGGAAGUAGAAUUGGUGGUCGGCUUUUCUGGUAGAAGGAAAAAACUGUGCUGGCAAGGGUGGGAAUCAAAUACCAACCCCCCUCUGUGGAACCACCCCCUCAUAUUUUCCCUCUACCUCCUCGUUCCUGCCCUCCCCCGCCCUCCCCAACCCACGCCCGGGUGGGCCAAUCGCAGCUCCGCAUUCCAGGCGCUUUCUCAGGUUUCUGCUGAUCUUGCAGCGCCCAGAAAUGUACCGGGCAGACGGGCCACCGCACGCACCCUGCCCCACUCGGCGCUCCUAACAGCUCCCCGCGCGCCGCGCAGCCUACGCGAGGUCCACACGGGGUUGCGAGUAGCGGAGGACACCCGAGAGCCAUGUAGACCCACGCGUUUGCUCGCCCGCCUCCUUCGGGAUCGAAUCAAGGGCUCCCACAGCGUUCGGAGGGGGCGAGAGUGCUGUUUAUCGUCAUUUGCUUCAGAGCUUCGAGAGAGGGUGGCAUUUUGCUUUUUCGCCCCGCAUCCUCCGGAACUCCCUGCACCAGAGAGGACGGCAUCUCCAGAUUGCUGGCCACGGUGAGAAUGGGGAUAGGGAAUGGACAUUUCCCUCGUAGUUGCUUAGAAAAGCGAUCAUCCAAUUGAAGGGGCGUAGGACGAGGGAGCGAGGGCGGCGCAUUUGCCCCGGCACCUCUCGGAUGCUGCUGCGGCAGCUGCCGUGGCUCUCGCCCGGGUCCACUGCAAAAGCGACCUGCCGCAUUCUCCUCCUGCUCUCUGCCGACUCAGCACCGCCCCUGCACCAAGCCGGACGGUCAGCGUCCAUCGAUCGCCCUGGUGGGAGCUUAGAAGGCGGCAGGCGAAGAGGGGUAGGAGGGGGAGAGCCUAAGAGCAGCAGAGGGGGUGUUAGGCGAGGGGGCUCUCGGAGGGGAGGGGAGGCCAGGGUGAUCCCCGAAAGGAUGGCCCGGCCCUCUAGAACAGCACUGCGUUAAGGCACCCCGCGGCCGGAUGAAACACCAACCCGCCCCGCUCCCAACCUUCGGCAAAAAAAGCUGCACCCCGGGCUGCAGGCAAGGGGUAUUCCAAACUCAGCAAAAGGCAGGGUGGAAGGGAAGAGAACCAGAAGGGAAGUCGUAGAUCUCCUGACCUCUUAGCUUUGAAGCCCCUCCCUCCCUGAGCGUGGGGGAGACUCGCACUCAGGUGGGGGGUGGAGCUCGAGUCCCCCCCACCUCUCCUCUCUUCGUCCUUCCCACCGCGGGCCCUCUCCCAGUCUCCCACCCUUACACCCGGCUUCCAUCAUGACCGUGAUGUCUGGGGAGAACGUGGACGAGGCGUCGGCAGCCCCUGGCCACCCCCAGGAUGGCAGCUACCCCCGGCCGGCCGACCACGACGACCACGAGUGCUGCGAACGCGUGGUGAUCAACAUCUCCGGGCUGCGCUUCGAGACGCAGCUCAAGACCCUGGCACAGUUCCCCAACACGCUGCUGGGCAACCCUAAGAAACGCAUGCGCUACUUCGACCCCCUGAGGAACGAGUACUUCUUCGAUCGCAACCGGCCCAGCUUCGACGCCAUCCUCUACUACUACCAGUCAGGGGGCCGGCUUCGGAGGCCGGUCAACGUGCCCCUGGACAUGUUCUCCGAGGAGAUCAAAUUUUACGAGCUGGGCGAGGAGGCCAUGGAGAAGUUCAGGGAGGACGAGGGCUUCAUCAAGGAGGAGGAGCGCCCCCUGCCCGAGAAGGAAUACCAGCGGCAGGUGUGGUUGCUCUUCGAGUACCCUGAGAGCUCCGGGCCCGCCAGGGUCAUCGCCAUUGUUUCAGUCAUGGUCAUCCUCAUCUCCAUCGUCAUCUUUUGCCUGGAGACGCUACCGGAGCUGAAGGAUGACAAGGACUUCACAGGCACCCUUCACCGCAUUGACAACACCACGGUUAUCUACAGCUCCAACAUCUUCACGGACCCCUUCUUCAUUGUGGAGACCCUGUGCAUCAUCUGGUUCUCCUUCGAGCUGGUGGUGCGCUUCUUUGCCUGCCCCAGCAAGACGGACUUCUUCAAAAACAUCAUGAACUUCAUCGACAUCGUGGCCAUCAUCCCCUAUUUCAUCACCCUAGGCACUGAGAUAGCUGAGCAGGAGGGGAAUCAGAAGGGUGAGCAGGCCACUUCGCUGGCCAUCCUCAGGGUCAUCCGGUUGGUAAGGGUUUUUAGAAUCUUCAAACUCUCCCGCCACUCUAAGGGCCUCCAGAUCUUGGGCCAGACCCUCAAAGCUAGUAUGAGAGAGCUAGGACUGCUCAUCUUUUUCCUCUUUAUUGGGGUCAUACUGUUUUCUAGUGCAGUUUACUUUGCCGAGGCAGAAGAAGCUGAGUCGCACUUCUCCAGUAUCCCUGAUGCUUUCUGGUGGGCGGUGGUGUCCAUGACCACUGUAGGAUAUGGUGACAUGUACCCUGUGACAAUUGGAGGCAAGAUCGUGGGCUCCUUGUGUGCCAUCGCUGGUGUGCUGACAAUUGCCCUGCCCGUACCUGUCAUUGUGUCCAAUUUCAACUAUUUCUACCACCGAGAAACUGAGGGGGAAGAGCAGGCUCAGUUGCUCCACGUUAGCACCCCUAAUUUAGCCUCUGACAGUGACCUCAGUCGGCGCAGUUCUUCUACUCUCAGCAAAUCUGAGUACAUGGAGAUCGAAGAGGAUAUGAAUAAUAGCAUAGCCCAUUAUAGACAGGCCAAUAUCAGAACUGGCAAUUGCACCACAGCUAAUCAAAACUGCGUUAAUAAGAGCAAACUACUGACCGAUGUUUAAAAAAGCCAAGCAAACAAAAAAGCCCCACUUAGCAGCUUGAAAGACUUAAAAACAAAACAAAAACCCUAGUGACCCAUGUCACUCUUUGUUGAUGCUUCACUAGUCUUCGAGUGCUCUAUUUAACUGUCAAUGCAUUGUUGCAUUGUGGAUUUGGGGGGUGGCCAACCAGAAGCUUUCAAGAUCCAUGAAAAUAAAAAGAAUCUAUUUUCAUUUUGUUAAAAAUGGAUGAAGAAAGUGUAUUUUAUAAAAUUGGUUUAAAAAAUGCAGUCCAUGAGCUAGUCGAGGUAAACUAAGAUUCAUAUGGUUUCCCCUUCUGAAACAUUUGUAAUCCUUGGACCUCUUUAACUUUUUUCUUUUAACUAAAAACCAGAUGAUCACUUAGAAAUAUAAAAUUAAAAGUUGCAUGGGACUCCAAAAUAAAAUCUUUGCAAACUGCACAGCACAUUUAAGACAGUGCAUCUGAUGAUAUGCAACAUGAUAUGCCAGACAAAAUGGGCAGCGAACAAAUGUUUUCCACGUUGAUCAACUGAACUGCAUAUUAUAAGGUGAAAAAAAAAAAAAGGGCAAACAACAUUACUUGAGACUGGCUCACAAAGCACCUUAUCAAUCUGAUGCCGGUCCUGGUCUUUAGGGAUUCUCCCUCAGUCCCAUUCUCCUUCUAUUCAAACUAUUCUCUAAGAAAAAGAUACUGAAUUAAAUUAAUGGAUUCAUCUGCAGUGCUGCUAAGUUUCUCAACUGCAGGCGAGCCCAACACAGGUCUUUUCUCACGGGCCCUGUACCCUGACCCCUGGCCUCCAGAACUGGAUGUAAAACCUUAGCCUCCUUAUUGCAAGAGAGCACAAAUGGAGUUAAAUGUAAGCAUGUUUGAUUCUGAUAAUAAUUUAUUUUAUAAACGCAUGCUGAGAACAUUAACUCAGACAAUAGGGGAUAAGCUUAUGUUUGAAUCGACUCUUCUAAAAAAUAGAUCCUUUUUCAUUUGCAUUCACCAAAAGUGCACUCUUUUAUUUAUUAACUAUUUUAUUAGUAAAUAAAGUACUGUAUUUAAGUGCAUAUAUUAUUCAGAUGGGAAUAAUAACUUUCUGGAGCUCAAAGCAUGUUCUCUUAUUCAGCAUUAUGGCCUAUUUGAUUAAGGUGUACCUUGAAUUAAUUAAUGCAUGAUUUCAGUAAAAAACACUUAAAAAUAAUAAAAACUACAAGUUUGUGGGAUGACGGGCCCAAAGAAACAAUGGGGGUGGGGGCGGGGGCGGGGGGGGGGGCACACAGUCAAUUUUCCUGCCUUUGCUCAGGGAAAUGUUGGGUUUCUGUGCAGGUGUAGGCAGAGAGAGGACCAAUAUGCCCAUCCCUUAAAGGGAAGCUGUAUGGAAAACUAAAUAAAUCAUCAAGGUAUAUAUAGCAACACCUAAGAACAAGUAUUAUUUCUAGCUGAAGAUAAACACAAGCAAAACAAACAAACAAAAAAAGGUGCAAUACUGCAUGUUUUUUGGUGCAUUCUUAAGAUGUAAAUGAAAAUGUUUAUCUAUUGUAUGCAUCCAAAGCAGAGCUGAUUUCUUUUUUGCAGUUAUGAUUUGAAGUCUGUAGAGACUUUGGUCCUUCCCCUGAGUUACCCUGAAGAAACUUAACCAAUUGAUUUAAUAGUUGCUUAGUGCCUUUAUCCUGUACCCACAGUGAACUGUAGAAAGUGCCUCCAUUAACACAGCUGAGAAGUUACGUAACAAAGGGAGGAAGGGUUGGGGCACAGAUAUUUUGCUUUUUCUUUUCCAUCCUCACUGUCUCACUUCACCACUGUGAGAAGACCACACCAUCCUGAACCUUGGAGAGGAGAGAUCCAAGAGUGUACUUCUUCUAUGGCCAUCCACUGGACUGAGUCCUUUUGGCAGCCUGAUAUGGGAUAUAAACUGGGACCUGAGACCCAGCUUUGAACUGGACAUGAACUUGAUUUUUUCCUCUUCUCUACCAGAAGCCAAGAUAAAGUUUUUGGGAAUUUGUUUCCUAUCGAGGGCCACUCUGGACAUUCAGGGCUUCCUCGGGUCCAGUGUAGUGUCUCUUGCACAUUUUCAUAUGUCUCCUCUGUUAGCAACAGCACUUUGAAGACCUCUGAUGGUCUGAUCUUUCUAGGCAUCAUUGUGACUACGGGAACACUCGGUUCAUAUUAACCUUUCCUAGGCCCUCCCUCCUCGUCCACUCCCUUCAGAUAUUUCCUAUGAUGCUCCUCUGAUCUUCCCACCUGGCAGUCACUUCACAGGCUGAGCAUCUCACUUCUACUGCUCCCGGCACCCAGCCCAGAGAACAGCUGGGACCCUGUGCUUGCCUAGCUGAGAGAAAGCCACAUAACAUAGGCUGCUGGGGCCUAGCAUCUGUCCACCAAUGGAGAGGCACUCACUGCCUUUUUAAGGACACUGAGUGGGGAUCUUCAUUCUGCAUUAGGAUGUGGCUGCCUGUUGCUAAUUACCUUACAUUCCUGCCCUGCUUCUGGAAAUCUUCCCCAUUACUCCCAUCCUUUCCCCCACUCUGUCCUAGAGCUAACAGUGAGGCAAUAAACAAAAACUAAAGUAACGAACACCCAGGCUGGCUGACUCAGUUGAAAGAAAGAACAUGGAUAUUUUAUUUUCCUGUGCUGCUUCUGUAAAUCCAUAAGAUGAAUGUAACAUCAUGGAAAACAAGGAGCCAAGGACUGCAUACAGCUGACCACAGGGCAUAAACCCUCCCCUGUGAUGUUUCCUUCUCUUUUGAACCUUGACUCAUCUUGGCUAUUCCUUUCCUACAUGCUUAAAAGUCCCCAGUUGGGAAAAAAAUGCCAGCCUCUCCUAAAUUUCCAGGAUAUCUUGAUCUUUUAUUUAGACUCUGAGGUCAGGACACACAGAGCUCAAAACUCUGGAUUCUGUCAACAGCAAUAAUCCACUCAGUACUGUGGGAUGGAUGGGUCAGAGAACCAGAAAAUGGGACCAAGACUUAUGAGACGGACUUUGGCCACUUGGUAUACCUCUCCUAGUUAGAUGCUGGACUGGCAAUUAUCCUGCAUGUGUUACAGGAAAAAGUGAUGCAUGCAGUCAGCCCAGGAGUAGGGAUGAGUUCUUAUGAAUUUGGGUGCUAUGGGGAAAAUGAAUGCUGCUUAUCCAUCUGUAGCUCACUGCAACCAAGUCAGUAAGAAUGGAGUAUGGAGACUCUCUGUGUAGCAUAGGCAUGCGAAGUUCCACAAAGCUCUUACCCCUUGCACUGUAAUGUGCUGAAAUGUUUUUGUAGACCUGAAGGUGCACUUAACAAAACUGCCUAUUAAGGAAUGACUGUCUUUUGGUUUACUGACUUAUAUUUAUUUUAUCAGGCUUUUUAACUUUUCAUCCUGUUCCUAGGUCUUGAGUUUUAAUGGCUUAUGUCCUGAACACUUGUUUUCUCCAAAUGGAGAAGACUUCUGAUAUGCUGAUAGCCAUAGCUCAGCUCUUCCAGCAUGUGAGGGCCCUAGUUCAAUAGGGUGGCAGUGGAAGAGCUGGGUCACACCAGUGCUGUUAGCUAUCCCAGAAUCUCUGAGUGGUGAACUCACCUCAAGGGAUCUGAAUUAGAGACACCAAAGAUAUCUAUUUUCUCUGUCCUCAGAUUUACAGAAGACAGAUUGUCACCAGGAAAGGUUUUUGUUUUUGCAUCUCCUCUUUCCCAUCUGUGCACAGCCCUCCCUCCCUCCCCCUUGAGAGUUGAGUUCCAAUUAUCAGUUAAAACAGUUCACUAGGAGUGUAUUAGUGAGUUAGCCUAGCCAAAUCAAAUGAACCAAUAGCAAAUACUUCUUCUGGAGUGUGGCCAAUGGACAGUCAUUUCUCUAAAAUAAAACUGUGCAGUAGGUUUAGAUUCUACUGUGGCAGAACCAAAGCACCAGUGACAUCACAAUCUUGACUCAAUUGAGAGUUUUUUUUUAAAAUACAUGUAAAUGGUGAGGAAUAGAUUCCUUUAAGUAGAAAUUUGGUUUAGUCCAUAAAGGAUCUUGUUCAUAUUGUGUAUAAUUACAAAUUUUUCAAAUUACUUGACAUCUGAUGAGUCAGUAAAAACAGAUUUCCAACCCUCCCAUUUAGUAUAAAAGACCUCCAGACACAUACUUUUUAACAAUUUACAAUAGAAUUUUCCUUGUUUGGUAGGUUAGAUUGAACAGGAAAGAGAGAACAUCAGCAGAAAGCAGUUCCCCAUUUUCUUCCAGGAAUGAUGUAUUCCUGGGAGUGGUGAGAAUUGGUGGGUGGUAACCAUCCGUAGUAUAAAAUUGUUAGAAAGAAUAUAAACUGCCAAACAGCCAUUUUAUCUUUCCACUUUUUCAAAAAAGGAUGAAGUCUUUUGAUGCUUAUGUUUAUUUCAAGACAACAAACAAACUAGUUUUUAAACCAGACACAACCCAAGUUGACUCGCUAUCUCAGGAGGUGGUUCACACCCACCACGUGGUGUAUCAGUACUCGUAUUUAUAUUAUGGAAUUUCAGGGUAUAUGCGAACAUGUCCAGCAUGACUCAGGUAAACCUUAGAAGAAUGUACAUUACCUAUCAUUUCCGUAAAGAGGUGAACAGGAGCUGAGUUCAACAAAACUGUUCCGUUACCUUGGGUCACUGCGCAAACUCAUGCAGGGUAUAGGUGUGAGGUUUAGAGGUCUUGGGGUCAAAUGCCAGUCUCUGAGCUCAGGCAAAAUGAUCAUGGGCUUUCCUGGGAAGCCUCAUGUGUGUGUAAGGGGUGAAGCCCUGCUGACCUCAGGACUAUUAGCUUUAAAGAGAUUAACCCUGGUCACCAUGAUUUUCAUUUAGGAGAUAACUAGGAGUUUAUGAUACAAGACUUCAAAGAGUAGAGAAAACCUUUGUACCUUAUCAGAGAAAAAGAAGAAAUGGUAUCGGGAAAGAAAACAAAACAAACCACAAAAUCCCUUGCAAAAUAUUCCAGGUCAAAAGUUGUCUCUCCUCCAAACUUGCAGAAACACCUCUCCUCUUCAGUGCACUGUGUGAUGCCACAGUGCCAAGUAGUCAGCAUGGGCUCUGUAUGCCAUGCCUCUAACAGUAAAGGUGAAGUCUUACCAAGGUUAAACAUAACAAUUGAGUAGUAUUAAUUUCAAGUGCACCAUCAGGACAACAAACCAUUGAAGCCUGAAAGGCACUCCUGUAUUUCCUGAGUUUGCAGUUGCUUACCCCUUGAGUUGAGGAUGUGUCUCACAUUCUUUCACCCACUGUGCACUCCCUGCCCUCACUGUCUACUAUGUCAGGUAGAGGACGUUGAAUGUUAUGAAUUGAAAACCUAACUAAAGCGCAUAGUUUUCAUCUAUGCAAUUUUACUUGCUUCUGUCACUUUAUGAUCUGUUCAUAUUUGGCAUUAAUUAAAGAUAAUUUUUAAGGAUCUUAUCAAGGCAUAUCUUGACUGGUUUUUUUUUUGUCUCUUGUUUAACUGGCCUUUUGGGAACCCUUUUGUGUGGGGUUUCUUUAGAUAACACAAUGGAGAUGGGCCUUGUUUUCUUUAAAACUCCUGAACUUCAAUUUCUUCUGCACAAGGAAAUACACUGGGGUUGACAGUUUGGGCUCAGGUAGGAUCCCAAGGAGAGGCCUUUGGAAUUUGGCCUAUGAGAGCUUUGGAUUGAAUUUCGAAAGGGGAAAAAGAAAUGAGACUCAAGGGAAUGAAGUAAUUUAUUAUAUUCAUUUAAAUUGUUGUUGAUUUGAAACUGUAAUUUUCAUUCAUAGUUUAGCUUUUCAGGAAGGAUAACUCUGUGUGUGUGUGUGUGUGUGUGUGUGUGUGCGUGUGGCAUGUGAGACAGCACCAUAGUCUGGCAUCAAAUACCUUGUUGGUUACAAUAGGGUGUUAGAAGUGAUUUUGAUGUGGAAAAACAAAGUGAUUUCUAGCUGAUCUUUACAUUGAUUUUUUCCAGCAUAGUUCUAUGUGUGAUUAACAUGUCUUUCUUCUUCUUUUUAAUGACUUGAUGUAUAUCCUUUUGAUUCCAGCUAAGAUUUAGAAGUUCUCUUUUCUUCCUUGUGAAUAUCAUAUUUUAUACAAGCUCUUUUAUGUCAGAGCAAACAAGGUUACAUGCUUUAUGACAGGUUUUUGUUAUAUGCCAAGUGCUUUGGGUGGCUGGGCUGGUGUGUCCUCAUAGAAUUGUGUUGCAUUGUGUUGGGUUCAUGUUGUAAGAUUUGAAGAUGAAUCUUGCUUUUGCUAUAGAAAUCACUACUGAAAGUAAGCCAUGAGGCUGGGCAGGCUGCCCAUGAAUUUUCUGUCGUGGUCAGAAAAUGGGCCAGGCUGAGUUCUGACAGUCUAGGGUAAGAGAGAGCUAGAGCCACAUCAAUGACAGUGGGCAAAUGAGCCAGGACAUUCACAACCCUGAAAACCUACAAGUGUUUUCUCAAAGCACAGCCUUGGAACGGUUUUGCUGAAGCAGAAGCAGACAGAUUCAGGUAGCUACAAGGAUAGGGCUGUAACUGAGAACUUUAUUAUUUACAGAGCUUCAAAAAGAAGUCAAGUCACUUUUAAGGGAAGCCAACCAGAGGAGUCAAGAACAGAGAGCUGAUGUGAUCUGAUCCCAAUCACUUUGCCAUUGGGUAGGGAAUGUUGGCUGCUGCAUCCUGCAGUCAGUGUAGUCCUGUCAAAGCCCUCUACCAGGCUUGUGUGUGAAGGGAAGGCUAACCCUCAGGCUAGGCAAAGUGUGCCCCUUUACAAGUCCUAUUGCACACCUAGGACAGCAUGGUCGUGCUGCAGGACUGGAAAGCAGCCCUUCAAACCAGCUUAAAUGCAAGUAAUUGAAAAUAUCCUAUUUAACUAAUUUAAUCUAAUAUACUGUCAAUUUUAAGAUGCACAUUUGAUUGACAUACUUAUAUGAAAAAGAGAAUAUUGAUAGCUAUGACCAAGUAUUGCAUUGAUUCAUCCCAGUUUUGGGGA